AUGAAGUCGGCAGGAGAGGACACUAUGCUCAUGGAGCUGGAGGAACGCGUUCAGGAACAAGCGAGGGAGCUUGACUCCCAAGGGAAAGCUCUGGAAUGGGCCAGCGCUGUGUGUAGAAGGGAGGAUGCGGCGUUGGACCAUUUUGAGGAGUUCACCCGCCAAUUCCGGAUAGUAUUCGAUCAUCCACCUGAAGGCAAAGCAGCGGGGGAGCUCCUCUAUCAUCUGAGGCAGGAGACGAGGAGUGCACAGGAGUUUGCUUUGGAGUUUAGGACCUUGGCUGCCGGCGCAGGAUGGAGCAACAGGGCCCUGAUCGACCAUUACCGUUGUAGUCUACGUGAGGACAUCCGUCGGGAGCUGGCCUGUAGAGACACCACCCUCACCUUAGACCAGCUGUUGGACAUGUCCAUCAAGCUGGACAACAUGCUGGCUACUCAUGGAUGUCUAGAUCGGGGUCUGGUUGUUCCAUCCUCCCGCACCCUCUCUCCCGAACCUAUGGAAUUGGGAGGGAUGGUGCGCAGGGAGACCGGAGGGGGUUCUUGCUCGAGCACCAUUCAUGGUCGUAGAGGGCACACUGCUGGUCGGUGCCGGGUUGGUUCCUCUGGGAAUAGAGAAGGCAGGCAGGGCAUUCUGGCAUCACCCCAGUAUAAGGCGCUAGUAGAUUCAGUGUGGGAGCUGGACGCGGACAUUGAGCGGGCGUCACGUACAGAGCCCCUCCCCCUGAGUGUCCAGCUGGUCGUCUGCACGUUCUGUCUGCUGCCGAUGGUGGCUGGCCCACUCCAGGAGGCUGAAGUGCGUGAUGUUCCUCCGCCUCCUCUAGACAUCGAGGGGGUUCCGGCGUACUCUGUUCGAUCCAUUUUGGAUUCGAGACCCAGCCACACCACCGCUGCUCCCGGGUUUAUAGACCAACUACUGAACAAGAUUCCCUUGCCAAGAUGGGCCAUUUACACCAUCUUUGCUGUCAUUGUCUUGAUGUUUUUGGUGUGUAUUAUAUGCAUCUGUGCGAAAUGCUGCUGCAAGAGCAAGAAAAAGAUCAAAAAGAAGCCGGACAAUCAAAUCAAUCUACAAGGGGUGGUUGGUUCCUCGACUACAUCGCUAGUCCAACAUGACUCGGAUGAUGCAGGCUACGGCUCAGCUAAAAACCGGGGGAGACUACUCUAUUCUCUGGAAUACAAGGCACAAGAGCUGACAGUGGGGCUCAAAGAAGCUGCAGCUCUGACAGCCAUGGACCGGAGUGGCACCUCUGACCCCUAUGUUAAAGUCUACAUCACUCCCAACAAGUCAAAGACAUUCGAGACUAAGGUCUACAGGAAAACCGUCAACCCUGUGUUCAAUGAACACUUCACAUUUAAGAUUGACAAGGCUGAGCUCAAUGAGUCCACCAUAGUCAUGAAAGUGUUCGACUUCGAUAGAUUCUCCAAACACGACAUCAUCGGGGAGCUGAGGCUGCAGCUCGGAAUCAUCGACUGGAACCAUGUGAUUGAAGAGUGGGAAGACCUGAGAGAACCCUCCAAGUUUGAGGAUGAAAUUCUGGGGGAGAUCUGCUUCUCGUUGCGCUACGUCCCUACCACUAACAAGCUGACUGUUGUCAUCCUGGAAGCCAAGAACUUAAAGAGUAUGGACAAAGGGGGCUCAUCAGAUCCCUAUGUAAAAGUGCAGCUUGCUCUGGACAAGAAGAAGUGGAAGAGAAAGAAGACAUCUGUUAAAAAGUCCACACUGAAUCCCUACUUCAACGAAUCCUUUACGUUUGAUGUGUCGUUUGAACAAAUUCAAAGGGUUCACCUGAUGAUUUCCGUGUGGGACCAUGACAAGUUGAGCAGGAACGACGCCAUAGGGAAGAUUUUCCUGGGUUGUGAUGCUGCAGGGAACCAGCUGAGGCACUGGGCAGACAUGCUGUCCAAUCCCCGUAGGCCUGUGGCUCAGUGGCACAACCUGCUUUCCAACGAACAAGUGGACUCCACCCUCGACCUCAAACACACAGUUAGGAUCCCCUUCAUCAAUAAGAACUUUUGAGAAAUAUUAGUAGACUCGCUUUCCAGACUCAUGGCACUCAAGUGGCUAUGGGAAGAGGUUGGAGAAAAUCCUCCUCCAUGGCCCGACAUGAUUCCUCCUUCUACUUCACUCAGCUCAUAGCAGCUUGGAGGCCGUAGCACUUUUAAACAAAAUACAGAGCCUUCAGAAAGUAUUCACACCCCUUGACAUUUUCAACAUUUUGUUGUAUUACAGCCUGAAUUUAAAAUGGAUUAUAUUGAGAUUUUUACGUCACUGUCCUACACACAAUACCCUAUCAUUUCGAGGUGGAAUUAUGUUUUUAGAAAUAUUUACAAAAAAAUAUUUGUAUGAAAAGCUGAAAUGAUUUCAGUCACUAAGUAUUGAACCCCUUUGUUGUGGCGAGCCUAAAUAAGUUCAGGAGUAAAAAUGUGCUUAACAAGUCACAUAAUAAGUUG